AUGAAAAAGAAGAGGAGGGGGAGGAGGAAGCGACAGAAGGCAGUGGCGGUGCAUUGGCGUCCCCACCGUUGUCAGCGCCGGCUGCGGCCAGUGCUCCUCGCCCAGGCGCAGCUGAGCAGGCCGUCGGUGCGCAGACUUCCGUGCAGCAACGAGAGCCUUCGGCCCCCGCAGACGGUGCAGCCACGGCGGGCCCGGCGGGUGACGGCCAGGCGCAGCAGAGCCCUCCGUCGCACGCGCCAGAGGCCGUUGGCGGCGUGCCGUCUGCUUCCGCCACGCCCACCAGCGAGACGCCAAACGCUGCCGCCAAGGAAAAUGGCGCAGACCCCCAAACUGCGGCGGACGCGGACGGCGGCCACGAGGCACCCAGCAACGCCGCCACGGCCCCCACGGCUCAGGCAGCUGGGCGGCCAGGCACCCCGCCAACACGCGACGCGGCGCCGCACUUAA